AGGAAGGCGGUGAGAGAGGCGGGGGCCUCGAGAGGGUGAAAGGAGGGAGGAGAAGGGCGGGGCGCGGAGGCCCCAGCAAGGGACGAGACUCCAACUCUGACUUUUUCUGCUGCUCUCGGAGUCUGGACUCAGCCCCCUUCUCCACCAGGAUUGAAGCAUCUCACCCACCCCUGUGCCACCCUCUUGAAACAACCACCUCCUGACACCCCCCCACCCCGCCCCAGCCCAGGCUUCCACCGCAGCCAUGUCUCUCCUCCUGCUGGUGGUCUCUGCCCUUCACAUCCUCAUUCUCAUCCUGCUUUUUGUGGCCACUUUGGACAAGUCCUGGUGGACCCUCCCGGGGAAGGAGUCCCUGAAUCUCUGGUAUGACUGCACGUGGAACAAUGACAACAAAACAUGGGCCUGCAGUAACGUCAGCGAGAAUGGCUGGCUGAAGGCGGUUCAGGUCCUCAUGGUGCUUUCCCUCAUCCUCUGCUGCCUGUCCUUCAUCCUGUUCAUGUUCCAGCUCUACACCAUGCGGCGAGGCGGGCUCUUCUAUGCCACUGGCCUCUGCCAGCUUUGUACCAGCGUGGCGGUGUUUACCGGGGCGCUGAUCUACGCCAUUCACGCCGAGGAGAUCCUGGCGGAACGCCCGCCGGGGGGCAGCUUCGGUUACUGCUUCGCCCUGGCUUGGGUGGCCUUCCCCCUCGCCCUGGCCAGCGGCGUCAUCUACAUCCACCUGCGGAAGCGGGAGUGAGGGCCCCGCGUCGCCCUGCUGCCUCUGCCGGUGCCCGGCCCCUCCGUCUCAGCCCCAAAGCCCCCGCCCCCGGCCUCCUCCAGAAAAUAAGACCGUUUAACCGCCUGCUCCGCCUUUGCCUCCUUCCUUCCUCCUUGCCUCCUGCAGGGACC